UCUGGGCCCACUGCAUCUAGAGGAGGGCCGCCUGUGAGGCCACUACCCCUCCAGCAACUGGGAGGUAGGACUGUCAGAAGCUGGCCCAGGGUGGCGGUCAGCUGGGUCAGGGACCCACAGCACCUGCUGGACCACCUCGCCUUCUCCAUCGAAGCAGGGAAGUGGGAGCCUCGAGCCCUCGGGUGGAAGCUGACCCCAAGCCACCCUUCACCUGGACAGGAUGAGAGUGUCAGGUGUGCUUCGCCUCCUGGCCCUCAUCUUUGCCAUAGUCACGACAUGGAUGUUUAUUCGAAGCUACAUGAGCUUCAGCAUGAAAACCAUCCGUCUGCCACGCUGGCUGGCAGCCUCGCCCACCAAGGAGAUCCAGGUUAAAAAGUACAAGUGUGGCCUCAUCAAGCCCUGCCCAGCCAACUACUUUGCAUUUAAAAUCUGCAGUGGGGCCGCCAACGUCGUGGGCCCUACUAUGUGCUUUGAAGACCGCAUGAUCAUGAGUCCUGUGAAAAACAACGUGGGCAGAGGCCUAAACAUCGCCCUGGUGAAUGGAACCACGGGAGCUGUGCUGGGACAGAAGGCAUUUGACAUGUACUCUGGAGAUGUUACGCACCUAGUGAAAUUCCUUAAAGAAAUUCCGGGGGGUGCACUGGUGCUGGUGGCCUCCUACGACGACCCAGGGACCAGAAUGAACGAUGAAAGCAGGAAACUCUUCUCUGACUUGGGGAGUUCCUACGCAAAACAACUGGGCUUCCGGGACAGCUGGGUCUUCAUAGGAGCCAAAGACCUCAGGGGUAAAAGCCCCUUUGAGCAGUUCUUAAAGAACAGCCCAGACACAAACAAAUACGAGGGAUGGCCAGAGCUGCUGGAGAUGGAGGGCUGCAUGCCCCAGAAGCCAUUUUAG